AUGGCAUCGGGUGGAAAGCGUGCCGGCGGCUUGCAAGCUGCCGUAAUCUGCUCUGCCCUGGUGUUGCUGCUCGCCCCGGCCGCCGCCCAGACGUGCUACGCAGGGGUCCUCUCCACGCCCAGCACCAACUUUGACCUGCAGUACUCCUCCAAGGUCCUCAACACCACCCUCAGCUACAUCAAGAAGCCCAAGACGACGUACAACCGUUACUGCUUCAACUUGACCGCGGCGAGCCCCUGCAACUCGACCGCGCUGUGCUGCAAGAACAGCGGCAUCACCAGACUGAGCACCGUGUCUAUCGCCAUCGUGCCAACCUGCAUCGUCAAGGGGCUGACCAGCAACUUCUCCCUCUCCCUCGCUGACGGCACCAACGCCAAGACGGCGUUCAGGUUCAAGAUCAACAAGGCCAGCAGGAAAGCAGAUGCCAACGUCAGGAUCGCGCCCAAGACCUCCACAGCAAAGGCCCUUGGCAGCACGACCGUCUGCAUCAACCUGCCAGCCGCCGCCGGUCUUUGCAACACGGUCGGCUCGCUUUGCGGUGGCACGACGUGCAAGGUGAAUGUGACCACCUCCAAGUUCAAGCCGGCCAACCUCACCAAGCCCAAGUCGCUGCCGUGCUGCCUGACCGGCAACGUCAACAUCCAGCCAGCCCUCCAGACCGACUUCGCAGUGACGGCCAUCCAGCUGACCCCCACCAGCCCCGUGACCGGCCAGCCCUUCACCGCCGGCGUCACCGUCACCAACACCGGCGAGGUCGCCGCGAACCCGGGAAGCCUCGGCGUGUGGGCGGACAAGGCUGUCCAGGCCGCGUGCGGCGAGGCCGCCGACCAGACCAACGCCACUGUGGGGUUGAUCGCCGCUGGGGCCAGCGUGAAUGUCUCUUUCACUUUCACUGCCGGCGCCGUGGGCAACAAGACGUUCCGGGCCUACUCCGACCCAACCUGUGCCAUCCCCGAGAAAUCCGACACCAAUGACCAGCUCACUUUGAGCUACACGGUUGUGGCGGCCCCCACCUCAACUGUCAACCUCGUCGCCUCGGCCCUCGCAAUCACUGGCUACGCCGGCCCGCCCGCCACCCUGCUGCCGGGCCAGACGGCCAACGUCACCUUCGUAGUCACCAAUGCCGGCACCAAUCCCUCGCCUGCGACCACCUACGCGCUCUGGGCGAACAAGGCCACCGUCGCCGUCUGCAACGCCGCCGGCCCCUCCAUCGUCGCCGGGGUCCCCGCGCUCGCGGCAGGCGCGGCGACGACGAUCACAGCUGUCGUGGCGCUGCCAGGCGCCAUCGGCGCCUACAUGCUCCAGCUGAUCGUGGACUACCCCUGCAGCGUGGCUGAGUCUAGCGAGGCCGACAACACCGCCUCUUACGCCUACCAGCUGGCCGUCCCCGCCGGCCCGCUGCCCGACCUGGCCAUCACCAACGUCCUGACCAACCCCGGCCUCACCGGGCUCCUCCCCGUGGGUCAGGUGCUCAACCUCACCUUCACCGUGGUCAACCAGGGCACAGCCGCGUCCCUCCCCGGCCUCUACACCAUCUUCAACAACCUGCUCGGCCUGCCGCUGUGCGGCGCGCUCGGCACUGCAUCCGGCGCGCUCGGCGCGCUCGCGCCGGGUGCAAACCAGACGGUCAACCUGCCGGCCUUGCCGCUCGCCAGCAUCCCUGGGCUGAACACGCUGCAAAUUGUGGCGGACUCGAACUGCUCCAGCCUUGAGGCCGACAAGACUAACAACGUCGUGGCGCUGCCCUACAACAUCAGCAGCCCCGCCAGCAGCCUGGUGCCCAACCUGGGUAUCACCAACAUCCUGGCCACUCCCAGCCUCGCGGGGCUCCUCCCGCUGGGUCAGCUGGUCAACCUCACCUUUGACGUGGUCAACUCGGGCACCGCCGCUUCCGUCGCCGGCCUCUACACCAUCUUCGACGACCUGCUUGGCGUGCCAGUGUGCGGCGCCGUCGGUGCCGUGAAUGGCACGCUGGGGCCGAUUGCUGCGGGCGCCACCCAGACCGUCACCGUGCUCAACUUCCCGCUUGCCGGGGUGAUUGGCGCCAAGACGCUGAAGAUCGUGGCGGACGUGAACUGCACCAACUCCGCCAACGGCUCCUCAAACAGCUUUGCGGCGCUGCCCUACAACACCGGCGCCCUGCUGCCCAACCUCGGCGUUUCCAACAUCCUGGCCAGCCCCACCCUCGCGGGGCUCCUCCCGCUGGGUCAGCUGGUCAACCUCACCUUUGAUGUGGUCAACUCCGGCACCGCUGCGUCCGCCGCCGGCCUCUACACCAUCUUCGACGACCUGCUUGGCGUGCCAGUGUGUGGCGCCGUCGGUGCCGUGAAUGGCACGCUGGGGCCGAUUGCUGCGGGCGCCACCCAGACCGUCACCGUGCUCAACUUCCCGCUUGCCGGGGUGAUUGGCGCCAAGACGCUGAAGAUCGUGGCGGACGUGAACUGCACCAACUCUGCCAACGGCUCUUCCAACAGCUUUGCGGCGCUGCCCUACACCAUCAGCGGCGUCGACUUUGUGCUCGACAGCGUGUCGGUCGUGCCGCUGCUGUCGCCACUCGUGGUUGGAGGGGUGUAUUCGAUCAACAUGAGCGUCACCAACGUGAGCAGGUUCUCUGGGCUGGUGUGA